UUUAGUAUUUUCUGCUGUCGGUCUGGCUCAGCUGCUGACACCCAGGCCAUUGCAGACGCUGUCACGUACCAGCUGGGCUUCCACAGCAUUGAACUGGACGAGUGUCCCUUGGUACACAUGGCGGCCAACCUCUUCAAGGAGAUGUGCUACUGAUACCGGGAGGACCUGACGGCCGGGAUCCUGGUGGCUGGGUGGGACAAGCGCAAAGGAGGGCAGGUGUAUUCGGUGCCCAUGGGGGGCAUGAUGGUGCACCAGCCCUUCUCCAUCGGAGGCUCGGGCAGCUCCUACAUCUACGGCUACGUUGACGCCUCCUACAAGCCCGGCAUGACCAAGGAGGAGUGCUUGGCCUUUGCCACCAAUGCCAUCUCUCUGGCCAUGGACCGCGACGGCUCCAGCGGAGGGGUCAUCCGCCUGGCCGCCAUCACCGAGGACGGCGUGGAGCGCAAGGUCAUCCUGGGCCACGAACUGCCCCGCUUCUCCACCCUCUGAAGGAAGGCAGGACAUCCGGCCAUCGCUGUUACUGCUCUUAUUAUUAUUGCUAUUGUUGUGAAUCACCCCAGUCCAUUGUUUCAGGGUAAACACAAUAUUAAAAACAUGGGAGUGGAAAAAAA